GAAGUUCUCAUGAAGUGAUAAAAAAUAAUUUGUAUUACGUGAGAUAUAUGUAAUUAUCAAACAAAAGGACUCGUCGGCAGUCAGUGCUGUAAUUUCAUGUUAUGUCCUCGGGUUUCAACAGAUGUACUGUAUGCCAGUGGCGGUUUAUUGACAGUACAUUCACAUUCAUGACAGUGUCGGACUGAGAGGAGGCUGGUUAAUGUGUCACUGGCAUAUGCUCUGAAAGAGUGCAGUGAUUCGGACGGUCCACCACUGCGGUGUAAGACAAGUUCCCGUUUUAUGCCUCACACAGCUGUUGAUUGAAGACAACACAGAAUCCAAUGUAAAGAUGUCAUCUAAAGACAACACUAUUAGUUUCCCUGAGCUUAUAAAGCUGAAACGAGACUGUGGCCAACUCAACAGAGCAGAAAUAAGCACUUUUGUACAAGGAGUCACAUCAGGAGCCAUCCAGAAGAGUCAAAUAGGUGCUAUGCUAAUGGCCAUAUGGCAGAAGGGCAUGACUGAUGAAGAAACCCUGGCAAUGACAAGAGAAAUGAUGAACUCUGGAGAGACGUUUAAAUGGCCGAAGGAAUGGCUUGUGGUAGACAAACACUCAACCGGUGGAGUCGGAGACAAAGUCAGCCUUCCACUUGCUCCUGCUCUGGCUGCAUGUGGCUGUAAGGUGCCCAUGAUAAGUGGAAGAGGACUGGCACAUACAGGUGGCACCCUGGACAAGCUGGAGUCUAUACCUGGGUUUAAAGUCAACCAGUCAGUGGAACAGGUGAAGCAGAUCCUAGAGGAUGUGGGCUGUUGCAUUGUGGGACAGACAGAGAGUCUAGUUCCAGCAGAUCGUGUUCUCUACGCCAUCAGAGACGCCACAUCAACUGUUGAUAGUCUUCCUCUUAUCAUCAGCUCCAUCAUCUCUAAGAAAGGAGCUGAAGGUCUGAGUGCUCUUGUGUUAGAUGUGAAGUUUGGCAGAGCUGCUCUGUAUAAAGAUUUAAAUAGCGCCCGGCAUCUUGCAGAGUCACUGGUCAUGGCAGGCAACAAGUUGGGUGUGAAGACAGGGGCAGUGCUCAGCCGAAUGGACGCUCCCAUUGGCCAGAGUGUGGGAAAUGCAGUCGAGGUGUGUGAAGCACUUGAGUGUCUUAAAGGACGAGGGUCAGAUGAUCUCAAGGAACUGGUCAUAUGUUUAGGUGGGUAUCUACUGUGGAUGUGUGGCCACUCCGGUACUCUAGACAGUGGGAAAACUGAAAUCGCUGUGAAACUGGAAAAUGGAGAAGCCCUUAAAAAGUUUGAGGCGAUGCUGGUGGCUCAGGGGGUGUCUGCAGAUGUUGCACAUUCCCUGUGCUCAAACGAGACCGACUACUCUAAGCACAUGAAGCGUGCAGCGCAUCAGACAGAGCUCGAGGUGCUAGAUGAUGGAGCCGUUUUGGACAUUGACGGUUUGGCCCUGGCUGAAGUGCUGCAUAAACUAGGCGCAGGACGUACUAAAUCGGGAGAGGUAAUUGAUCAUAGUGUGGGAGCAGAGAUCUUGGUUGAGAUGGGACAGCAGGUAAAGAAAGGUCAAUCAUGGAUCAGGAUUCAUCACAAUUGCCCAAAUCUGAGUCCACACUAUUCUGACCUGCGGAAAGCUUUGGUCAUUGGCAGCCAUGACAAAUACGAAACAGCAUCACGUGUGGCAGAAUUCAUCCACCCAGAUUAUCCCAACAUGUCAUAAAAGCCUUAUUCGAAAUGUAUUUUGUUUGUAACAAAAAUUUCAGUUUGAAUGCACUGUUACCAAGAAACUGUUUUCUUUAUAUGACGCACUAGGGAGUUUAUACAAGAAAAACAACAGACAAUGGCCAACACUGACCUUUGAGCUCUGCAUCUGGAAAAUCUUUAAACAUAUUUGCUUACCAGUAGCUGGAACAUUACUGUAGCUCAGGUCUGCUAGAUCCCAUCCUGUAAACUUUAGUUGCAGCUCCAAACAAAAUCACUUAAACCAGAUGAUCAAGGCCUUCAGCUUGAACCUGAAAUUGCAGCCAGGUGUGCUGGAGCAGGAUUGAAUACACUAGAAUAGCAGAUGAAAUGCUGCCACCACUCACUCGCAGAGAAACUGCAGCAUUACAGACCACAAACCUCUGAAGAGCUCCAGGAUCUCAGAUAACAGGGGCAGCUCCCGUUCUUCUAGUAUAAAAAGCAUCUACGAAGAUGCCUUCAGAUAUUCAUAGAUUUGUCAGAAGGUAAAAGGAAUCUGAUUCCACAUUGUGAAUUCAGUUUUGGUUUUUCAAAAUACCUUUAAAGUGUAACACUGGUGCUUCAUUUAUAUUUUUCAAUGAAGUCUUUCUGUGUUUAUUUAAUCAAACCAAUUAGUAAGUGUGAUUAUCUUUUUUGAUAAAUGAAGGUUGGAGAAGAGAUGAUCAUUGCUGCCACGUAGUGGUACAAAUCAUGUCCAACAUGGCAGCGAUGGUGAAGCCCUAAUUUAAUUUGCAUAUUUUCUACAUCCUUGAAGUAAAAGCUGGUUUUGAAUAUCUGGAGACAUAUCUAAAAAACACAUAAUUCAUAGUUCAUCCCAAAUUCAAAAGCAAAGUAAUACUAAUAAGAAUUGUUUUUUGUUUUUUUUUGCUAUUGUGGCAUCAUUUUUGCGAUAAAUUUCCAGAAUGUCAGUAGCCGACAUAUUCAUUAAGCUGAUUUUUUUUUUUUUUUUUUUUAAAACAAAAUCAAUAAAAUAUAAUUUUUUACAUUAUCGUAAUUAAGGGUGGGGGGUAUAAAUGUCACAAACAAAUAAUGCCCUAAAAUAGGUUUCGUUUUCUUAAUGCAAUAAAAUAUUUUAUUCCUUUUGACUUUUUUUUUAAAUAUAACCUGGAUAUUUCUUUGAGAGAUUCAUCAUAUUUUACAGUUGAUAUUUAUGACAGUCUUGUUUAAGUUUAAAUUUUAACUAGGAAUCGACCAGGAAUCAAGUUACGCACAUCAGUCAUCAUCGCCUUGUUUUUU